CCUGGACCCACCCCAAAGCCCCGCGUAUCGCCUGGCUCUCCUUCAUUAAUUAAGGAGUUGGUGGAAUAGCAGGAAGAAUGUCCCGUUCGGCAUUCCACUGGCACUGCCCGGCCAGGCUAAGCUCUUCCAGGUGCCUAUUUAAGGAGUAGGGUCGGGGUUGAGACAGGUGAAGGAUUCUGGGAGAGAGCGUGGGGGACAGGUCAGGAGGAGCAAAGCCUGGGAAGGAUUAGAAAGUUCUUCGGAGAAGGGUGGAAAGACGGUGUGAAGGAAGGCGAGCAAAGGACGAGUGAAAGCAGGCUUCUCAUGGUCUAGAGGUCGAUCGGGGCUGGAGGAGAAAGGGGCAGCCAGAAAGUUGGUGGAGUCUCACCCGGGAACUAGGGGCGAGGCCCUCGCCAGCCCCGGGCCAGCCGCCAGGUCCCCGCCCUCCGCGGGAUUUACUCCUGUCCCGCCCUUCUCCGGAUUUAGUCGGGGCAACCUGGGCGGCUCCGCAGCCGGUGCUUCCGCCUUCUCCAGACAUGCUCCCUGAGGCGGGCUCCCUGUGGCUGCUGAGGCUGCUCCGGGACAUCCAGCUGGCCCAGUUUUACCGGCCCAUCCUUGAGGAGCUUAAUGUUACUCGGCCAGAGCAUUUCGACUUUGUAAGGCCUGAGGAUCUGGAUGGCAUUGGCAUGGGCCGACCUGCCCAGCGCAGACUGGCUGAAGCUCUGAAGAAGCACCGUUCAGGGCUCAAGUCUAAGAACUGGGUUUACAAGAUUCUUGGAGGUUUUGCCCAAGAGCAGAAGGAGCCUACCCUACCCUCAGACAGCCCACUGCGCCUCUCUGAGCCAGAGGGGGGACUCAAGUGUCUGAUCCCAGAGGAUGCUGUGUGCAGAGGGGAGCUGCUGGGCUCAGGUUGCUUUGGCGUGGUGCACCGGGGACUGUGGACCCUGCCCAGCGGCCAGAGUGUCCCAGUGGCUGUCAAGUCCCUCAGGGUAGGUCCCGAAGGCCCUGUUGGCACAGAGCUGGGGGACUUUCUUAGAGAGGUGUCAGUCAUGAUGAACCUGGAGCACCCACAUGUGCUGCAACUGCACGGCCUUGUACUGGGCCAGCCUCUGCAGAUGGUGAUGGAGCUGGCUCCGCUGGGCUCCCUGCAGGCGCGCCUGACAGCCCCAGCCCCUACACCCCCACUGCCCGUGGCCCUGCUCUGCCUCUUCCUGCGGCAGUUGGCAGGGGCCAUGGUAUACCUGGGAGCCCGUGGGUUAGUGCACCGAGACCUUGCAACACGCAACCUAUUGCUGGCUUCACCCCGCAGGAUCAAAGUGGCAGACUUUGGGCUGGUGCGGCCGCUGGGCGGUGCCCGGGGUCGCUACAUCAUGGGUGGGCCCCGGCCCAUCCCCUACGCUUGGUGUGCACCAGAGAGCUUGCGCCAGGGAGCUUUCUCAUCCGCUUCAGAUGUGUGGAUGUUUGGGGUGACGCUGUGGGAGAUGUUCUCCAGAGGCAAGGAGCCCUGGGCCGGGGUCCCGCCAUACCUCAUCCUGCAGAGGCUGGAGAAGGACCGAGCCCGGCUCCCUAGGCCUCCCCUCUGCUCCAGGGCCCUCUAUGCACUCGCCUUGCGCUGCUGGGCCCUCCACCCUGCUGACCGGCCUACCUUUUCCCACCUGGAAGGGCUUCUCCAAGAGGCCUGGCCUUCUGAAGGACGCUGUGUAAGGAAUGUCACAGAGCCAGGCACCCUGAGGAUGGAGCCUGGUGAUCCCAUCACCAUCAUCGAGGGCAGCCCGGACUCCACAGUCUGGAAGGGCCAGAAUGGUCGCACUUUCCAAGUGGGCAGCUUCCCAGCCUCAGCAGUGACACUGACGGACUUGUCUGGCUUGCCAGCUACUUAUCCAGUCCAUAGAGGCUCCCCUACCCAGGGAGAGCAGCCCCGAGGAAGCACAGAUGGGAACAGAAAGAAGACAAAGCUUCGGGAUCUACCUCCAGCACUGGGCCAGAGAAGGAAUGUGCCCCUGCAGAGGAUGAAAGGCAUUUCCAAGAGUCUGGAGUCAGUUCUUUCCCUGGGCACUCGACCAACAGGGGGUGGUUCAAGCCCCCCUGAACUUCGACAAACCAGAGCUAUGCCCCAGGGACACCCAGGCCUGCCUCCACAUCUACCUUUUGCCUCCAGCUCCUCUCAGAACAGCCAGCCACCUAGGGAGCGACCUUCCUGGCCUAAAAGAGAACCUCCACACGAUCACCCAAUGGGAGCUCCUGGAGCCAGUAAAGCCUCUGUUCCCUCUAGAGGCCUCCUACCCAACCCUGAGUUGCAGAGGAAGAUUACAGAGAUGGAGCUGAGUGUACAUGGAGUCACCCACCAGGAGUGCCAGGCAGCACUAAAAGCCACUGGGGGAGAUGUGGAUUCUGCCAUCCGGAACCUCAAAGUAGACCAGCUUUUCCAUCUUAGUAGCCGGUCCAGAGCUGACUGCCGGAGCAUCCUGGAGCAUUACCAGUGGGAUCUCUCAGCUGCCAGCCGCUAUGUCCUAGCCCGGCCCUGAGCUCUGCUUCUAUGGGCAUGGACACUAGAAUAGAAACCCUGGGUACCUCGGGGCCGGGUUUGUGGGACCAAACAGAACCAGAACAAGGUCCUGACGAGGGCAAACUUUCUCACCUGGGGAAAUCCCACCCACUGCAGGCAGGUAGAGGAGGAGCCUGGGGUCAGGCAAUGACAAAUGUCUCUUUCCUACCCUGCCCUUGCCCUCUGAGGCCAAGAAGGAUCUAACCCACUCUGCCUAUCACAGUCCAAAACAAGAGAAGGACUUUGAGGAAAUGGGCUACUAUACACCCUGUCCAGAGGAAGAUUCUACUUGCUACAGAGGAUGAUGAAGUGGCCACACUGGAUCAUGGGUACAGCCAUCCUGAACUGUCAUCAGUCACCACAGUGGAAUCUAGGCUGUCAUCCUGGAUGAUGGAAGCAGCCAUACUGACUUGAGACACACAGGGCCACUGUAGGGGAUGACAAUUACUCUUU